ACCACGGCUGUGCUGAAGAAAUCCACUGGCCUUGUAAUGUUAAAUGGAGGGGAAAAAAAGACUGUUUUAUCUUUUAAAGUGAUCUUAAAGUGAGCUGGCCCCUGUGGGGAAAAAUCCGCACAUAAUCAUACACAUUUGGUUCAAUAUGAAAAAAAAUGUAUGCAAUAAGGCAUCAAUAUGAGUUGAUGUGGCAGCACCAGGUAACCUCCAGACAUUUUUUUUGUACCUGCUUAAGAAGGGGGCAGUUGCCACGAUGGAAAAAAAAAAGGUAACAAGGCAGGGCAGUGUUCGUCUUAUUAUCGGGUUAAUUAAAGCAAAGACAUGUAUAAAUGCAAAAGAGACUGUGGCUUAGGAGACUCCGCCAAGAGCUUUUGCCCCCGCAUGAUAAAUUUACAGAUUGAGCAAAAGCAAUUAUUCAUUGUCUAGAUUACAAAAAAAAAACAAAACAAUAACAAUAAUAACACAAAAACGGCAUAAAGUCUCAUCCGGGCACUUUAAGAUGAAAGUUAAAAAAAAAAAUCUUUCAAGACACGAGCUCAAUUUCUCGCAGUUCAUUCAAAUGUAUGUGGAGGCUUGUUUCUGCGAGCAGGAGAGGGUCAAGUGAGGAGCGGAUUAUAUCCUUCCCUCAUAAUAAUAUUAAUUAAACAAUUUGCAUGCUAAUAGGGUAACAAUCAUCGCGGCAUCUGUUGAGAGACUCGGGUUAUUACAACAUGCCACUCCAGGUGUCAAGGGUCACCGAGGAAGAGGAGUGGGUGGCUUGGGGUGGAGGGAGGAUUCGGUUCCAAAUUUCAACUCUGAUUAAGCACCUUGUGACACGUCCACACUUGGCAAGCUUAAUGCAUCGCUUGGGGAACUAAUGGUGUGAUCUGGAUUGUUGCAGCAAGGUCCUUGCACUGUCAUUAUUUUAAUCUGGUCUCAUUUACAUGGAUGCAUUGUAGCGAGACGUGCAUUUCAAAAUGACUUUUCGGCAGCCAUAUUUCACCCAUCAGCUUUUUUUUUUUGUAAUAAAAUGUAAAUAUUGCAUGCCUUCAAAAUAGUACGAUUAUACAAAUAAAUCAGUGAGUCGACGUCGGAUUUGUAUGCUCCCAGCAUUAUCUGCAACAAAAUGAGUAAAACAAAGUAAAAGGUGUCUGGAAGCCUCUCCGUGCAGGAGCGGCGACUCCUGCUCCAAGCUAUCCGCCUGCCUGCUCCCCGCGCCGGGAUGCAGGCAGCCCUUCCUCCCGGUGGGUCCCCGGUGUAAGCCGCAAUGUAGUUCUUAUCAAAGCCCUCUUGUCUUGUUGUGACAGCUCUGAUAUUGUUUAUUGAGGUGGAUGUCAGCCUUAAUUAGCAAUCGAUACGGAAGGGGGUGGAGUGGGGAAUGGGGGACGCGCCUGUGACGUCACCAUCCAUUUCCGCCUCUCAUUGGAUCUCGGAUUCCCCACAAGCUCGGGCUAAUUAUCCGGGAAGGUUCAUGUGGAUAAAGUGGAGCUCAUCUCUGCCUUGUACACAUCAUGCCCCCGCCUCGUCGGCCAGACUCGCUUUUGCGUGCUUUAUAAACUACCCCCCCAACCCCCCCUCCCCAAAAAAAAGCAUAACAAUCCCACCCCUAUACACAUCACCGGCCCACCAGCAGACGCCCGCGGGAUGAUGGACAGCCGGAUAUUGGAGCCGCCUCACGCCCAGUUCGGAGGCACCCUCGGCGGCGGUGGCGGCGGAGGCAUGGUGGGCUUCCCGUACCACCUGAGCCACCAUCACGUCUACGAACUGGCCGCGGGCCACCAGCUCCAAUCCGCCGCCGCCGUCCCCUUCUCCAUAGACGGAUUACUCAAUGGGUCGUGCGCGGCGUCCGUGGGCGGUUCCGGCGGGUUGCUGGCGUCUGGCUGCGGGAUGAACGGAGACAAUCAGCCGUACAAACUGACAGACUCGGGAGAUCUGGACAAGGAGAGUCCCGGCUGCAAGAGACGAAGAACGCGCACAAAUUUUACCGGCUGGCAGCUGGAGGAGCUGGAGAAGGCGUUUAACGAGAGCCAUUACCCCGACGUGUUUAUGAGGGAGGCUCUGGCCCUCAGACUGGACCUCAUCGAGUCCAGGGUGCAGGUCUGGUUCCAGAACCGCCGAGCCAAGUGGAGGAAGAAAGAGAACACCAAGAAAGGUCCGGGCCGACCCGCUCACAACGCACACCCGACCACCUGCAGCGGCGAGCCCAUGGACCCGGAGGAGAUCGCCCGGCGAGAACUGGACCGCCUGGAGAAGAAAAAACGCAAACAGGAGCGCCGCCUGCUCAAGGCUCAGAACAAGCACCUGCACGGGGAUCUAUUCCACACCCCGGGAUCGGACAGCGACAGCGGCUUGUCACACGUCACCGACAGCGAUCACGGCGCCGGCCCGCGUUUGGACCUCACCAAACCGCUCUGCGAGCCGGCGCCUAACUCGUUAAACACGCCGAGUCAGAACCAAAGACACUUGGACCAGGACGCUGGCGGCUCGGAGUUGGACUCGUCCGACGCCAGCCACCGCUCGAGCCUGUGUUCCGGCACCAACCGAACCUCCGGCUUGCAGAAACUCAACCCGUUCAGCGUGGAAAGUCUCCUGUCGGACUCCAGACCCAGACGCAACUCCGCGGCCUUACCCGCUUCUCGGCCCCUCAUUGGGAAAGGCCACUUUCUGCUCUACCCCAUCACGCAGCCGCUCGGAUUCAUUGUCCCUCAGACGGCCUUAAAAACCGCUUCGAAUCCUGACAGCGGUUCCGAGGAUCACCAGGCGCCCAGCGUCCACGAGUCCGCUGCCUCUUCGGGGUGCAGGAGGCUCUCCCCGGGGUCCGCGGACAGGGACCGGGCGGGGUCGAGGUCUAGCAGCCCUGGGACUUUGGGCCAUGAACAUGGCACACAAUGCGGGAAGGAACAUUUAGAGGAGAGCCCUGUAGAACCGCCGCCGAACUGUCACGAAAAAACGGAAUAAACAUGAAAAGCAAGAGGGUAACGAGAACGAACAUCUUAAAAAGUUAAGGCCAAAGCUCAACUUUGCCACGUUAGGUUCUCCUCUCCCUUUGAGUGUGAGUGUCUAGAUAUCCUUUGAAACGUGUCAGAAAACAAAACAAAACUCUCAAGAGCUGUGAACAACAAAGAAACGACUAUACUAUUUAUUUACAUAUGUGAAGCUUUUUUCUUAAAUAAAUCUAUUGUAUACAAUCACCUCUGACGCGUGUACGACCUUAAAUGGCGAAAACAAGACUUCCGGGUCGGGCCAGCCAAUCACAUGAGAGUUUUUCUGAAGGGGGAGGGGGGAGUCAUAGAUUUGAAGUUUUUUUUCAGACUUCAAA